AUGGCAGUAAUCAAUAAAAGUCACCCUGAAGAGUUCAUUCUACUUGGCUUUUCAGACCAUCCUUGGCUGGAACUCCCUCUCUUCAUUAUUCUUCUGGUAACAUAUCCACUGGCCAUGAUGGGAAACAUUGCCAUCAUUCUGCUGUCUAUAUUAGACCCCCAUCUCCACAGCCCCAUGUAUUUCUUCCUCACUAACCUCUCCUUUCUCGACAUGUGCUACACUACAAGCAUUGUGCCUCAGAUGCUAACUAAUCUAGGUGGCUCCACUAAGACCAUCAGCUACAUGAGGUGUGUAGUUCAGCUUUAUUUCUACCACACAAUGGGGGGCACAGAGUGUGUCCUCCUGGCUCUUAUGUCCUUUGACCGCUAUGUUGCCAUCUGCAGACCUCUGCACUAUACCCUUAUCAUGAAUCAGUGUACUUGCCUCCUGUUAGUGUCCACUGUGUGGCUGAUAGGAAUUUUCUAUGCUGUCUCAGAGGCUACUGUGACACUGCAACUGCCACUAUGUGGCCACAAUGAAUUGGACCACUUGGUGUGUGAGAUUCCUGUUAUAAUAAAAACUGCCUGUGGUGAAAAGGAGACAAUUGAGCUUGCUCUCUCUGUGGUAUGCAUUUUUAUUUUAGCUCUUCCUCUAUGUUUAAUUCUUGCCUCCUAUGCCAGUAUUGGACAUGCUGUACUUAAAAUCAAAUCUUCAGAGGGAAGGAAAAAGGCCUUUGGAACAUGUUCCUCUCAUCUUGUAGUUGUUCUCUUAUUUUAUGGCCCAGCCAUUAGCAUGUAUCUUCAGCCCCCCUCCUCUAUUACAAAAGACCAACCCAAGUUUAUGGCUCUUCUCUAUGGAGUAGUGACUCCUACUCUGAACCCCUUUAUCUAUACUCUAAGGAAUAAGGAUGUAAAGGGGGCAUUAGGUAACCUAUCCAGGAACAUUUUUAGUUCAAAGUGA